CCUGCUGCCCGGACCGGAGGGAUCUGUUCCUGUGGACCUCCAGCCGCUGUGGCAGGAGAGGGCCCCCCGGAGGUGUGGCUCCCCUAAACUCUGUUGCCCAAUCUCCGUGUGUCCACAGGGACAGCAGCGGCCGGGCUCCCUCACCCAGGAGGACGGACAGAAGGGACCUUCCUCAGUCCCUGAGCAGGAGCAGGAGUCCCUCUGGGAAGCUGUGGGGGAAGCCGGGACCAUGAGCAAGGAAAGCCUGUGCGCCUGGGCAGCCAUGGGGAAGGGGACACCACUGGCAAGGGGCAGUCACAGGGAAGGGAAAAGACUGGGGAAGGGAGCAGCCACAGGGCAGGGGGCGGCUGGGAAUCAGGCCAAGCCUCCCCGCCUGCACUGAGGGCCCCGUCCUCAGCCUCCACCAGAGCCGCACCCAGAGGGCCCAGGACCGAGGACCGGGCACAUCCCUGCUUUUAUCACCAGCACCUCCUCCGGGGUCUGUCCUGGCUCUUCUCCAGGGCAGUCCUAGGUGCUCUGGCCUCCUGUGCCCGCCUCGCCCCCUCAGGCAUUAGAUGGGACACUGCCAUCAGGCCUGCCCAGCUCAGGCCCGGAGGACUUCGUCCCGAUGCUGGGACUGCCCCAGCCUAUCAGUCAUUCUCCGGAGGCCAGCUGCGGGCAAGCAGGCCAGGCUGCUCUGGGCUGGACACGGGCGCAGAGGCUGGAAGGGAGGCAGCCUCACCACAAGCCGGGGGGCCGGGGGUCCAUAGCAGGCACCUGGGCAGAGAGCCUCCCACAGGACAACCAGGGUGCAGGGCCCCUCACCCAACCCCUUGGCAAGACACAAGCCGGUCUCCAAACUCACGGCCCACCCUGAUCCUGUCCAGGAGGAGUGACCCCAGCAACACUCCAGGGCCCUCCAAAGCCACCUUUGCUAGGACUUAUGCAGGUGACAGCCAGCCCUGCCUGAGCCCAAGACAGGUCACUGCCCAGGCUCCUGCUCCCUAUCCCCCGAGGAGCCGGAUCCAGCCACUGGCGCUCCACACAGCACAGCACCGGACACACAAGCUUGCUGACUAGUAACGGGAAGCGGUGGGUCCUGUUCCCGGCUUGGCCGAGGGCCGGGCAUGGCUCUCCACAGGCCCUAGGGCCCAGACCCCCGAACCCUGCACACUGCAGCCUCGUCCCCAGCCUUCGGCCCUAUGGCUCCCCACGCCCACAGCCAGGUCCCUCCACAUUGGGACGCUCGUGACCCAAACAGGCUCCACUCUGGGGGUCGGACUUGUGUCAUGUCAAGCUACCCUGGACCGAAGGGAAAAGUGUGCUGUUUGGAGGCGGAUAGAACCGACCCCCUUCCUAGGCCACUGCCUGUGUGACUGGGACAGACUCCGUUGGCCCAGGCCUGCCCCAGCCGGGGCCUGCGUGCCCCCUCCGGAGACCAAGGCAGUGAGGUCCCCCACAUUCCCAGUGUGUGCUCAAACCCUAACCAAGAGGUGACCGAGGGGACAGCCCAGGGCAGGGGUGCCCGUGGAAGAGAGCCAGGACUCUCUGAGAACACUGGCCAUGACCUAGGGUAACCCACCCCACUCCCCUAGGCCAAGCCCCUCCCCUUCAUCUGGGGGGCGAGGUCCCAUCUAGAGACGGAGGGUGGGCAAGCUCCACCAGGGACAGCAUGUCCAGAGUGGGAUCCUUCUGGCGUCUUCCCAGGAAACCUCCCUUGGGGUAGAAACACCUGAAAGUCCAUGCUGGGCCCCCACAGCAAGUCCCGAAGUGGCUGGGAAGCAGGGGGACACCAAUCCCCAGAUCCGACUUAAACCCUUUCCUCCCUGGCUUGCCUACGCACAUCCCAGAACAGGCACUCUGAGCAGGGCACUCGGAAGGGUCUGCCAGAUGGGGUCUUAGAGCUAGUCUGCACCCUGAGCUAUCGUCUGCCGUCCUGGUGUCCCCACUGGGGCCCCCGCCGGCCCACGCUCAGCACAAGAAAGAGAUGAGUGGGGCCAUGUCCGUCCGCGGGACCUCCAUUCUGGGCAGCCCACACGGGGACAGGGAACCUUCAGCCCAGUGGAGCUGCUCACACCCGUGUCCAUGUGGGUCAGAACCAGAUGCGCCACCAAAUGGACUUUCCAGAAACAGAGACCGGCAGGCCGCCUUCCCACAAGCCGGGAGGGGGACACAGAGCACAACUGACAGACAGACAGGAGGCCCCCGAGCCCCUGACUUUCCCUCCUGUGAAGGCGUGUCUGCGUGUAAACAGAUGUCUGAAGGGACCAGCUACAGGGUCACCCUGUGGCCUCGGGCCAGCCUCCCCACCGUGCCUGGUUCUCACCCGCGGACACCGAGCUAGACUCUGGGAAAACCUGGAGAAGACACACAGAACGCGUGGAUGCCCAAUGGGGCAGCCCGUGUUAGGUCGGUUCCACGUCUUAACCCCAAGCAGGCAUCAGGUUCCGGGCGGAUGGUACGCACGUCCGUGUGCCGUCCGGACUCACACUCGGACGCGAGGAACAUACUCUCCACGGAGCACUUGACAGGUGCCCGGAGCCAGAGGGGACAGCGGAUGGGCUGCGCCCUGGCAGAGGGCCGGCGGGACAGCUGAGGACUGACCUCACCCACUACCAAGACCCGGGUGCCACCGGGCCCCCAGAACCUGUGAGCCCCAGGAGAAGCACAAGGGUGACGUGGAAGGCAUCGAUGGCUCCUGACAAGGGCCGGGAGAAGCCCUAAAAGGGACGCGGUCACCAUGCACCAUGCGCGGGGUGGGACCCUCGGAGCCCAGGCUGCUCACAGGGGAAGAGGUUCGCCGCCUCCCUGCUGACGCGCGCCCCUGCUCCAGCUUCGGGCUGUGGCACCUGGAAGGACACGCGGUCCUCCCCACUGUGGUCACCACUGUUGAUGCUGCCGCAGAGGGAGGGGCUUCCUGGGGGCACACCAGGAGUCCCUGUCGGGUGUCAGAGGCCAGGCGUGCUGGGACGCCUCGCAUGGGACACCUUCCCUCGGGGCCUGCUGCCCCCUCUACGGCAGGAAGGAACCACCUCCGGGAGGCGGAGUGCACGCCCCACACACAGCGGGGACCAGGGCAGAGCUGGUGUCCCCAGGCUCACAGCUGGGAGCCGCAGGCCCUCCCACACCCCCGGGCCUGCGCCAAUCCCGGCAACAAGCUCAGCCGCGGAGGGGAGGCGGCUCGAGGAUGCCAUCACACCCGCACCCAGGGCCGCAGCAGCCUAGCUCUCCCCGGCCGCGCUCACAAGCCUCCUGCUUUGCCCAGACUGGCAAAGAGCCACAGUGCAGGGCACGGAAUCGGCUUCCAGGGGCUCGGGGCCAACCCAGGCCAAGCAGGGAGAGGGACAGGCUUUGACCAACAAGACACAGGACACAGGAGCCAGCCAGGGGACAGCAUCCGUACCUUCCACCCCCGAUGGACAGCUCCGAAGCGGGGCUUCCCUCCCCACACCUCGCGUGGCCGCUCCCGGACCACCUGCACCCCACGUGCCCUGCGUCCCCGUCCUUUGGCUCCACGCUUGCUGGCCUGGAACCACACCUCCUGUUGUGGGCCCAUCUGGGCAGCCCCGUAUUUCUGUGGGAGUCCUGACUCCCAGCACGUUAGGACGCAACUGUGUGUGGAGACACGGUCUUCACAGAGGUGGUCAAGGAGAAAUGAGGUCAUGAGGGUGACAUUCAGCCUGACUGGGGGCCUGCUAGGACAGAGACUAGGACAGAGACGCGCAGGGGGAUGACCGUGUGCGGGCACAGGGAGGACACGGCCAUCUGCAAGCCCAGGACGGAGGCCUCGGGAGGAGCCAGCCCUGCCCGCACCUCCUAGAACUCCAGCCUCCGGGAGGUGAGGCCAGCCGCGUGCUGUCUGCGCCGCCCUCUGUGGGACAACGUAACCACUGCCCCAGCAGACAAACGACCACCCGAUCGGCCUCAUCUCCUGCUGCUUUCUAGGGACGCCGGCGCCCUGAGAGGUCUCCGCAAAGCCCCAGGCGUUUCUUCCCGUUGCUGAGAAAGUUCUAGAAAUGGGCCUGAGGUCAGACAAGGCAGAUCCCUGGGGACUGGGUGCUCCCUCCCGGGUACGGAUGGAAGCCUUUGCGGCCUCUGACCGCGCCCUCCUGACGAGGACUCCAAGGACUCCGUGCUGCCUUCCCCCACGGCCGAGUGGGCCCAGCUUGUCCCAAGCCCCUGGAAAGCCACGAAGACAGCGUUGCAGGUCACCCUGUCUCCAGCCCCUGUCUCUCCUCCUCCCCAGGAUUUCCUUCACCCAAACCUGCCCACGUGGGCUUCUGCAGAGUCAGCAGAGCUGGGAGGGAGUGAGCUUUAUCUGUCAGCUCGGCCACAGGUGCCGUGGGAGCUCUGGGGGUUCCCGGGGCAGAAUCUGGGUCCGCACCGGGUCUGAGAUCCGGUCUCCUUCUGUUCGCUGCGCCAUGUCCCCGCGGCUGAAAGGGACUGCGUGGGCAUCUGCUGCCCAUGGGACCUCCCUCCACGGCUCCUACCGGCCCCCUCCGCAUGCCCCCCAAGUCCCCCGAUGUCCAGCUGCCGUCUGCCACCAAGCUAAGGCCUGAUGGAGGUGCUAGCGGGGGAGGCCACACGGGUCCGCAUGGCAGGCGUGUGCAGCAAGUGUUAGCUGAGGGAGCAGUCCUCAUGGGCCUCUGCCCCGACCUGCCCAGCCCAGGCCCGCUGAGGUGGUGGGCCCCCCAUGCCCCCUGCACACCUGACACCCUGGGGCUCCUUCUACCUGGAAGCCCCGCCUCCUGCCCUUUCUGCCCACCUAAAAGCUCCCUUCGGGCAUCACCUCCUCUGUGAGUCCCGCACUGGACCUCUCACCGGCCUCCAGGCUGUCAGGUGCCCCCUGUUCUGUCCCCACAUGAUGCCCCCUGGUGAUAGGCGGUCACGGUUGCCACAUGGUCCUGCCGCUCACCGGGUGCUCUGCGGGACUGGGAACUCACCCAGAGCCCGGCACGGGCCUGCAGAGUCAGCAGCUCAAUCUGGCUGUCCUCAGAGCACCCGGCUGCCAGUGCCGUCAGAUGUGGAGGGGGGCUGCCUCAGGGAGCAGGGGUCAGGGAGCGGGUUCUGGGAGCUGCCUCCACUGCAGGGGACACGUCAAGGCGUCCUGCCCCCACGCCCUCCUGCGUUGGGAGAGGAGCCCUGCCCAAGGAGCGGGCUGCUCCCAUGGGGCCUCGGGGUGCAGUCCUCCUGGGGUGAUGGCAGCAGCACCGCCUCCGCAGGCCGACAGAACAGUCUUCCCGGCCCCCGGCUCCCGGGGCAGUGCUGUGCCGCAUUUAAAAAGGCGAGAACAAGGGAGAGGAGUUGCAGGAACAGAUUCCCUUCAGCCAGGACACCCCGUUCUCGCCAGCGCGACCCCACCUAUGUGAACACACUGUGAGCGACUUUGCAUUUUCCCUAAGUGGAAAGGCCGAGGUGUGCGGGUCGCUCACACCCACGGUCCCCGCUCCGUCGUCCCAUGGAGGGGGCAGCACGGACCAAAGAUCCCUCCUCCCGCACCUGCCAGGGGCGAGGACGCGAACCAGAAAAGCCACAGAGGCCCUUUUUGAAAAGAGAAGCGCCUGGUCGAUGCCAGGAAACGCAGGAAGGACUUGCUCCGGGUCCCGGAGCUGGAUGGCUCAGGCUCGGGAGCCAACAGCCCUGCGCCUCCCGCACCUGGGCCUCUUCCGCCAGACAUCCUGGGCCCCAGCGGGUAGAGCCGGCAUUUCCGCCCAAGGCCGCUCCUGGGGCUCUGACAGGUGCCUUCAGACCCCGUGGCUGGGGGGUGGGGGCAGGGGUCAGAGGUGUGGCCCUGCAACAAGCAGGUCCAGGGGUGUCACUGGUCAUCGGGCCACACCGCAUGUUUGAAAGCCACUAGGGUCCUGUAAUGAUGCAAAGUGACAGACGGUCACCGGACAGCGCCGCAGUCACGCUGCUGUAAGGAA